ACUGAAAUAAAAGAGACAAUUUAUCCAAUCUACCAGAACAUUGCCUCUGAUGUACAAAACAGAAUGAGUCAGUUAGAAAAGGAAUAUGGAGAUCUCUCAACAGCCAUAACAAAACAUGGAGAGGACUGGCACAGAGAAAUUGACAAACUUGUUAAGAAACUUCAAACUGAAGUUGAUAAGAUGAAAAACACACAGUUACAAACUCUACAGAAACAUCUGGAUGAAAUUAAGCAAAAUAUUUCUGACAUCGAGGAUGAAAUUUAUUCAAUUAAUGUCACAAAGGACUCUAAUGACUUGUCAAAACUGUUCAGUGCUAAAAUCAAUGCAGACAGAUACAAAAAGCUUCCCAAAAAAAUUGUGCCAUCUAUGCCUAAAUUCAUGCCAGGAAAAAUUCAAGGAGAACUCGGUAAACUGUUUGGAACUUUAUCAUCAGGUUCUUUGACUUCAGAUAAACAUGGCUACAGCAUGAAGACAACACAGAAAUCACCAAAAGUAGGAUCCUCUCCUCCAGUCAAACAGCUGCUUGAUGAACCAGAGACUAUCAUCACCAUAGACAUAGACAUAGACAUGCAUACUAAAUAUGGAGAUCUUUACAAUGUGGCUUGUCUGAGUGAUGAAGAAUUCUGGACAAGUGGAGGUGACAACACCAUGAAAAUCUACAGCAUCAAUCAGGGAUCACUACUUAAGUCAAUUCCAACCAGGUCAUGGAAAAAGCCAACAGACAUAGCAGUGACAAAAAGUGGAGAUUUAGUUUAUACUGAUUUCUGGGAAAGAACUGUGAACAUUGUGAAGAAUGAGAAGAUAGAGGAGGUGAUCAGACUACAGAACUGGAUACCUGACGGUGUCUGUAGUACCUCCUCUGGUGACCUCCUGGUUACAAUGGACAGUGAUGAUUACACACAAUCAAAAGUUGUCCGUUACUCUGGCUCCACAGAGAAACAAACCAUUCAGUUUGAUGAUAAAGGAAAGAGCCUCUUUUCUUCUGGUAGUUAUAAUAGAUAUAUAACUGAGAACAGGAACCUGGAUAUCUGUGUGUCUGAUAGAGGGAUUUUAGCAGUAGUGGUUGUCAAUCAGGGUGGGAAACUGAGAUUCAGGUACACUGGACAUACUCCUGCUCCAAAGAACAAACUAUUCAUACCCCGCGGAAUCACCACAGACAGUCAGAGUCACAUCCUUACGGUUGAUAAUUACAAUGACUGUGUUCACAUCAUAGACCAGGAUGGACAGUUCCUCCGUUACAUAGACUGUGGAUUGAGUGAACCCUGGGGACUAUGUACAGAUAUAUUUGAUAAUCUGUUUAUUGCUCAGUGGGGAAACAGAGAAGUGAAGAAAAUUAAAUACCUGCAGUGAAACCUAUUGCUGUGUUGUAUAGUUUAGCAUUACAUUGGUGAUUAGCUUGUAAAAUACACUUAACAUGAGUACACGAUCGUAAGAUUGCCCGUGGGUUGGUUAUCAAUAUUUAGACCUGGCUGAAUACAAAAUGAUAAAUAUGACAGAUAUUGAGAAUGUAACAUAUCCUCCUCCCCCCCCCCCCAAUGAUUGGGAAGUGUGUUUAAUUGUAAUUUACUUUAU